AUGGCCUCCCGCAGCUUCUCCAAGUCUAUGCGCUCGCCGCUGGCCCGCCAGCUGGCUGCUCCUCGCGUCCAGCAGCGCACCUUCAUCGCUGCCCGCAACCUCAUCCGCGCUGGCGCUGCCCGCGCUGCCCCCGUUACCGCCCCCGCCCAGCAGCAGGUCCGCGGAGUCAAGACCAUUGACUUUGCCGGCGUCAAGGAGGAUGUCUACGAGCGAGCCGACUGGCCCCAGGAGAAGCUCUUGGAUUACUUCAAGAAUGACACCCUUGCCCUCAUCGGCUACGGUUCCCAGGGUCACGGCCAGGGCCUGAACCUCCGUGACAACGGCCUCAACGUCAUCAUCGGUGUGCGAAAGAACGGCAAGUCCUGGAAGGACGCCGAGCAGGAUGGCUGGGUCGCCGGAAAGAACCUCUUCGAUGUCGAUGAGGCCAUCUCCCGCGGUACCAUCAUCAUGAACCUCCUCUCCGAUGCCGCCCAGUCUGAGACUUGGCCCGCUAUCAAGCCCCAGCUCGUCGAGGGCAAGACCCUCUACUUCUCCCACGGUUUCUCCCCCGUGUUCAAGAAGGACACCAAGGUCGAUGUUCCCUCCAACAUUGACGUUAUCCUGUGCGCCCCCAAGGGCUCUGGCCGCACUGUCCGAUCUCUCUUCCGUGAGGGCCGUGGUAUCAACUCCUCCUUCGCCGUCUACCAGGACGUCACUGGCCAGGCCAAGGAGAAGGCUAUUGCCCUUGGUGUUGCCAUCGGCUCCGGCUACCUCUACGAGACCACCUUCGAGAAGGAGGUCUACUCCGACCUCUACGGUGAGCGUGGCUGCCUCAUGGGUGGUAUCCACGGUAUGUUCCUCGCCCAGUACGAGGUUCUCCGUGAGCAGGGCCACAGCCCCAGCGAGGCCUUCAACGAGACCGUCGAGGAGGCCACCCAGAGCUUGUACCCCCUCAUUGGUGCCAACGGCAUGGACUGGAUGUUCGACGCCUGCUCCACCACCGCCCGCCGUGGUGCCAUUGACUGGACCCCCCGCUUCAAGGAUGCCCUGAAGCCCGUCUUCAACGACCUCUACGCCUCCGUCAAGGACGGUUCCGAGACCCGCCGCUCUCUCCAGUACAACAGCCAGCCCGACUACCGUGAGAAGUACGAGGCUGAGCUGGAUGAGAUCCGCAACCUGGAGAUCUGGAAGGCCGGAAAGGCUGUCCGCUCUCUCCGACCCGAGAACCAAAAAUAA